GUCCUCCUCAUGGUCACUGGAGCUACACUGAUAUCACGGACUGGCACAAGGCCUAUCCUGCCUGUGGGGAGAAGGAACAAUCCCCCAUUAAUGUGGACACCGGGGACACCACAUUCGACCCGACGCUGAAGCCCAUAGAAGUCUCCGGUUAUGACGUGUCACCUGAAGAGCGACUGAAACUGAAGAACAACGGACACACAGUGGUCCUGCAGCUUCCGGACUCAUUACAGAUAAUUGGAGGUCUCGCCAACACGUACCGGGCGGCUCAGCUUCACUUCCACUGGGGCUCACAAAGCAGCCCGGGCUCGGAGCACACCGUCAAUGGGCAGAAAUUCCCCGGAGAGAUCCAUGUGGUCCAUUUCUCCUCCCGUUUUCAGAGUCUGGAUGAGGCGGUGACCCAGCCUGGAGGUCUGGCAGUCCUGGCUGCCUUCAUACAGGAAGGACCCAAAGUGAAUGAAGAUUAUCAACAUCUCCUGACCCACCUAGAGAAAGUGAAGGAGGCUGGACAAAGUACUGAGAUUCGUGGCUUUGAUAUCCGAGGAUUGUUACCCCAACAGCUGGACAGGUACUACCGAUACAACGGUUCUCUUACUACCCCGCCAUGUUACCAGACCGUCAACUGGACCAUCUUCAACCAGACCGUCUUCUUGUCUGAGGACCAACUGGACAUUUUGGAGGACACCAUCCACCAUGACCACGAUCACAUCCUGCAGAUGAACUUCCGGGAGCCGCAGAGUCUGAACGGACGGCUGGUUCUGUCCAGUUUCCGGCCUCCGGUGUCGGGACGGAAAGCUCCUGGACAAGCUCCGGCACCCAGCGCCUCCGCUCCAGAUCCUGCUAAUGGUCCCAGCGAUCGCUCUGGAGAAGGUGCCCCAAGAGAUGACAGUCAGACAUUCAGCACAGGAGAUAUGUUGGCGAUCAUUUUCGGCGUUCUCUUCGCAGUCACAGCGUUGGCUUUCUUCAUCUACUUUCGGCAGAAUCAAAAGAAGAAUCCCAGAUCGUCCGAUAAGAAGUCGAAUGUCAUCUACAAAGCUGCCGCCCCCGAGGACAAUAUGGCGUAGAGUCAUCAGAGACAGUCGGGGGAUGGAAAUGGAAAAUGUCUGGAUUGCUGAGACCAGCCAAUGAGAUUGCAGCUGUCAUUCUGAAGACUUGGAUUGGUUGUUGUAUAUAAUGUUCACAGAUUGUGUAACUAAAAUAAAGUUAUGAUAUUUUAUACAAA